AUGGCUUCUGCAGACGUUCUUCCUCCACCUUCAAACAACAACUUUGGUGCCAUCAAACGAAAAAGAUCAACCUCAACAGCGUCAAAGCCAUUGAUCAGCAUGUCUCCCAACCUCCCAAGACUGGUCGCAUUCGACCCAGCGAAGCAUCUCAAUUUCCAGGAGCCCGAGAAGGUCUGGACCAUGGAAGAGAUCGGCAUGGCUAAGAAAGGCGUUUCACCCAUUGCCGUGUCAGAUCCCUUCCCCCUCUUCACCGAAGAAGCCAUUCAACAGAUGCGAGCAGAAGUGUUGAGCAAGCCAGUCCUCGAGAACUGCAAGUACUCGAGCAACCUAGCACAUUGCCAAUUGAGAGGCUUCGCCCCAGAAUAUGCACCAUUUGUGUACGACGCAUGGCGCAACCCAGCAGUACUGUCCAUUGUCUCCAAGAUUGCAGGGGUCGAGCUGGUCCCGGCGAUGGACUUUGAGAUUGCUCACAUCAACAUCUCCACCAGUUCUGAGGACCAGAAGGAAGCCGUCAAGCAAGCUUUGCAGGAAAUGAAGCAGCGUGACGCCGAUGAGGGGGUCUCCGGCUGUCCCUAUGAGGAUGAUGAACCCAUCGUCGACUGGCACACUGACAGCUAUCCUUUCGUCUGCGUCACGAUGCUGAGUGACUGCACCAACAUGAUCGGGGGAGAGACUGCGUUGCGAAAGGGUGAUGGCGACGUCAUGAGGGUUCGAGGACCCGGCAUGGGCCACGCCGUCAUCCUCCAGGGACGGUACAUCGAACAUCAAGCCAUGAGAGCUCUAGGUACUUCCGAGCGCAUCUCCAUGGUGACCUCGUUCCGCCCCAAGUCUCCCUUCAUCAAGGACGACACCGUUCUCACCACUGUCCGUGCCAUCUCCGACCUUUCUGAGCUUUACUCCCAGUACGCGGAAUAUCGCUUCGAGAUGUUGGAAGAACGCCUGCGUGCGCACCUGAAGGAUGUUCGCGAGCAGAAGCGAGCUCGGCGUGGCUUCAACACUGCGGCGACUAAGGCGUUCAUCACUGAACAAAAGGCAUUCCUGGAUUCAAUGCUGCGUGAAAUCGUCGACGAGGACAAGGUCACCGUAGGCUUCACCGACAGCGAGGCGCAUUUGCUGAGCGAAGAAUUGAAGUUGCAGGCGCGCAAGAAGGCACGAUUCCAGUCGGAGGAUGUCAACGAGUGA